AUGGGGAUGAGAUUGGCUCUACUGGUGGUGCUGGUCGCCGCGGCGGCCGUCGCCGCCGCCGGCUACAAGGAGGACGAGAGGGAGAGGUGGGAAGGGGAAGGGGAAGGCGGCGGGCGGGAGGGCCGCAAGGGCGGGGAGUGGUUUUUGCUGCAGGAGUCGAAGCAGGUGGUGAGGACGGAUGCAGGGGAGAUGAGGGUGGUCAGGGGCGGCCGCGGCGGCGGAAGGGCCGCCUUGGGGUGGGGGGCUGCGCCGCCUAUGCACAUAGGGUUCAUUACCAUGGAGCCGAGGAGCCUUUUCAUCCCUCAGUACCUCGACUCCACCCUCAUUCUCUUCAUCCGUACCGGGGAAGCAAAGGUUGGACACAUAUACAAAGAUGAACUAGUGGAAAAGACUCUGAGGAUCGGAGAUAUAUAUCGAAUCGAGUCGGGCUCGGCUUUUUAUUUGGUCAACACUGGAGAAGGCCAGAGGCUCCACGUCAUUUGCAGCAUCGACACGUCAGACAGCUUAGGAUGGCACACAUUCCAGGCACACACUAUAAUUUUUCUUUUUAUUUUUCUUUUGUCAAAAAUUACCGGCGGGACUAAUCCGGCGUCCAUCCUUUCUGGGUUCGAUCACUUGACAAUGUCCACCGCGUUCAAUGUGUCGGCAGCAGAGUUAGGGGAGAUGCUCACGAGGCAGAAAAAUGGGCCGAUCGUGUACCUUUCAGACACCCACUCGCCGAGCAUGUGGACUAAAUUCAUGCACAUGGAGCAACACGAAAAACUGAAACACAUGAGAAAAAUAAUCCAUGUUCGGGCCCAAGAUCUCGUGGAGGAUGAUGAGGAGCAACAGACGUUCAUGUGGUCUUUCAAGAAUCUCGUGUUAUCCAUGAUUGGAAGGGUGGAUAAAAGGAAGGGAGACGAGAAGAAGCAUAGGGCCACGGGAAAGGGGCCCGACGCGUACAAUUUAUAUGACAGGAAGCCCGACUUCAAGAAUGACUAUGGGUGGAGCAUUGCAUUGGACGAAUCGGAUUAUGAGCCCCUCAAGUAUGAUGACUUCGGCGUUUAUCUCGUCAAUCUUACUGCGGGAUCGAUGAUGGCGCCCCACAUCAACCCACGAGCAACCGAGUACGGUAUAGUGUUGAGCGGGUCGGGUACGAUUCAAAUCGUGUUUCCCAACGGGAGCUUGGCCAUGAAUGCCAAGGUGGCCCAAGGGGAGGUUUUUUGGAUACCCCGUUACUUCCCCUUCUGCCAGAUCGCCUCCCGAACGGGCCCAUUUGAGUUCUUUGGGUUCACCACAUCGGCCCGAAACAACAGGCCACAGUUCCUGGCCGGGGCCAAUUCCCUUCUCCAGACAAUGAGUGGGCCUGAGAUGGCGGCUGCAUUCGGGCUGAGCGAGGAAAGGCUAAACGAGAUAGUCAACUCCCAGCGGGAGACCACUAUACUGCCGUCUGCCACCGUGGCCCCGCCCGACGAUCUAGUUUACUGCCAGGGAUUCAAAAGAGAACAAGAUGUAACGAGCGCAACAAACCAAAGGUAA